AUGUCACCAUUGGUCGGUUUCUCAGACAAUCAAUUCCGCACACGCGGCGAUCUCGUGCGGGCUGCCGCCGCCCUGAUCGGCCCAUUGGAGUUGUACAAGUCAACUGAGAAAGCACGAAUCAAGCUCGCGACAAAUACUGCUGCCGGGUUCGACGAGGUCUCGGCCCAGUUGGAGGGAUUCGCCCGCCCGCUUUGGGUGGUUGCUAGCCUCCUCCGCGAACCCAGCUUCGACGCCAACAAUGGCGUGGAUCUCAGUUCUUGGACGACGGGACUAGUGGCAGGCACCGAUCCUGGAUCUGAGGAGUACUGGGGCAACGUGGGAGAUAUUGAUCAACGGAUGGUGGAGAUGGAGUCCAUCGCAUUUACACUCUUGACCUCCCCCGACGCGUUCUUGGCAUCAUGCGACGGAGAGGCCAAGGGGAGAUUGCGGACUUGGUUAGGCCAAAUCAACGGCAAGAAGAUGCCACAGAACAAUUGGCGCUGGUUCCGUAUCUUUGUCAACCUUGCUCUUGUCAAGACUCUUGGCGUUCAAAUGGAAAGUGUGCGUCACUUCAUGGAGGAAGACUUCGAGUUGCUAGAUUCGUUCUACCUUGGCGAGGGUUGGUCUAGCGAUGGGCUUUGGGGAGAGGAAAGGAAGCAAGCCGACUACUACUCUGGCAGCUUCGCCAUCCAGUUUGCCCAACUCUUGUUUGUCAGGUUUGCUGUGGGUGAUGAAGAGAGGGUAGAGAGGUACAAACAGCAGGCAAGGGAGUUCGCGUCGACUUAUUGGAGAUAUUUCGAUACCAAUGGAGCUGCGAUACCUUUCGGCCGAAGUUUAACGUACAGAUUCGCCUUUGCGGCUUUUUGGGCCGCUGCGGCAACGGCUGAUGUCAGUUUGCCAGCUCCAAUUGACAAUGUCGGAGCUGUCAAAGGCUUGCUUCUUCGGCAUCUCCGCUGGUGGGCCAAGCAACAUGAUAUGUUCAAUACAGACGGGACGCUAAGCAUCGGCUUCGCAUAUCCUAACAUGUACCUGAGCGAAGACUACAACUCGCCGCAGUCGGUGUACUGGUGUCUGAAAAGCUUCAUAGUACUAGGACUCGACGAAGACCACCCCUUUUGGACAAGCGAGGAACUACCUCAUCCACUUGACGGCGCACAGUGGAAAAGCAACAGGAUACCGAAUCAUGAGGGUUUGAAUCGUAUCGAGGGGGUCUGGCCCCCUAGGCAGAUCCUCUGCAGCACCCCUGAACACCACUUGUUCUUGUCUUCGGGGCAGAUGACAACCAAGACGUUCAAAGCAAGGGAGGCCAAGUAUGGCAAGUUUGCCUACUCUUCUGCCUUUGCAUUCAGCGUGCCAACAGGGAACAUGCUUACGCAGAUAGCCCCUGACAGCACACUCUGCGCUAGCAACGACGAUGGCGAUAGCUGGAAGGUCCGGUGGGAACCCACUGAUGUGCGUCUCGAGGCCACAUCUAUCAUCAACAGAGACGAAGUGUCCUUUGAGGUACAAUCUCUGGUCAGCACCUGGAAGCCUUGGAAGUAUCUUGACUUGUGGAUCGAGACGACCUUGGUGCCUGCCAUGGAACACUUCCCAGGGUGGCACGUUCGGGUCCACAAGAUCAAUGUAGGAUCCAUGGCGGAUACUCCUUCAUGGAUAGACAGCAUCCAGCUUGUUGACGGAGGCUUUGCCAUUGCCUCUCACACGACGAAGGGCAACUUCUUGCCAGAAGUAGCCUUUCAGGGGCUUGGGGGAGAAGACUUCACCCAACAAACUGACAGCGCCCUUGUUCUUUCGACGGCCGGUGCGAGCGGUAUCGUGGACCUCCCGAUGAAGUUCGAUAGUGUCGGAGGCAUCGUUGGCCAAGAAGGAGCAUCGGGUGUUAAGAGCGAGGUCUUUGUACUAAAGGCUGACCCUAACACCAACUUGAUCGCGCAAAGAACUUUCAUUCCGGCUGUCAAGCACCGUAUUAGCUUGCGUCAACAUUUUUCUGCGGAUCAGAAAUCACUGCACCUUUCCUCUGGCAUUUUUGCUUUCAGUUCUCAGGCCAACUUGGAAAAUGUUGCUAGCAGGAACAUUUGGCAAGAACGUCCUCGAGUGGAAAUUGCACAUGGCAAAAUACGCAUUCAUGCUUCUUAG